AUGGCAUUGAAAGAGAGGCAAGCCGGCUACGCAGAGAACGCGACACCACUUCGUGUUGGGAGCUGCAGCAGAAAGGACAGGAAGGGGCUGCCUUGGAAGCAACAGCAGCAGCAGCAGCAGCAGCAGCAGCGGCGCCACCAGCAGGGGAAAGUGACAGUGAAAUACGAUCGCAAGGAGCUUCGGAAGCGGCUGGUGCUGGAGGAGUGGAUCGUGGAGCAGCUGGGACAGCUGUACGGCUGUGAGGAAGAAGAAAUGCCGGAUGUAGAAAUUGACAUUGAUGAUCUUCUCGACACAGACAGUGAAGAAGAGAGAGCUUUAAAAUUACGGGAAGCUCUUGUAGACUGCUACAAACCAACAGAGGAAUUUAUCAAGGAGCUGCUCUCUCGGAUAAGAGGCAUGAGGAAACUGAGCCCCCCGCAGAAGAAGGCGGUGUAAUUCUGGUGCAAAGGCCAAGAAAGGGUCCUGGGGUUUGGACUUGUCGAGGACUCUUAUUAAAGAAUAGUUGCCCUUAUGAGCAACUUUUUUUCUUUGGGUGGGGGGUAUCUAUUAGACAUUUAUUCAAGAGUGUUCAUUUUUUUUUGUUUUUAAAGCUUUUGUUAUUGUACUAUUUUAACAGCAAAGAUAUCACGACUCUGGUUUCAGCCCAAACAGGGAUUAUCAUCAAACCAGGCAGACGUCCAAGGAUGAGCUGGGCCAGGCAGUAUUUUCUUCGAGAAAUCUGGUGUUUAGGACCUAACUAUACAGGGAUGAUGGUUUUUUAAACAACUAGUUUGGUAAUACUUUUUUCUUAAGUUGUGCAUUUGACUGAGAUGUCGAAUUUCUUGUAUAUAUCUACACGCAUCUGAGUUACAAUGUAGAUGUGAGUUUUAUUUCACAUUGAUGAGAUAAACUUGUGGUCGUCCUUUAACUGGAGGUCACAGCACAUGUGUUUUCAGGAGGCCACCAGAUAUUCUUCACAGGAGUGCUGCUGACCUCCAAUAUCCACUUUAUACACCAAAGUGAAAGAAUUCAGUGUAUCCGUUAUUUUCAUGAGCUACACUACAAAAAUGUUGUUAGUCAAGGGCUUAAUUUAUGGACUGUAUAUUAUUUCAUUAAUUGAAAUGCUUUGCCAGGUCAUUUACUUAUCACCUCAUUUGUGGUAUUAUAAGUUUUAUGAAAUCUUAAUUUGAGGAACUAUUGGGAUUUCUAGAGAAAGGCUCACGCCUUCUGAGCGGUGUUCUGCAAUGGAAAAGUGGAAGCAAGGUGUCGCAAUGAAUUCUCUGCUUUCAACCAAGUACUGUGUGUUAUUCUCUCUCCAUGAAAGCAAGUCCUAAGGAAGUUAGCAGAUUAUGUAUCUUCCUUCUUAGAAGUAGAUUCUGGUCACUCUGUGCCUGGGCAGUGUCAGACCAGAGCAGGUGAACUGACUGCUGAGCAGGUGGAGAGGUGAGAAGUCCUCACCUUCUCUCGAGAAAGCUGACGGAGGAGCAUUCGCUGGGUUGGAAGCGUGGUGGAGAUGGCAUUUCUGGUUUCUCUCAGUGGCACAUGGUGAGGACUCUGGCUCGUAGCCCUCAUUUUGCACCCUGACCCCCUUGCUUAGAACUGGACUUGGGGUGCCUGCCCUGCCCCUCUCAGUUAAAUGCCAGCUCCUUGGGGGAGGCUUGAAGUUCAGAUGGAUGUAGGUGGGGUAGAAAGUCAGAAAGAAGAAACUCUUCGGUUCCUGCAGGAGGCUCCCGCUCCCUCCCCACGGGAACUCCGCCGCCAGUAAGAUGUCUCCAGGAGGCCCUGUCAGAGGACGGGGCCAGGCAUUUUACAUCAAGGGUGCUCUGAACAUAUUUUAUUUUUAAAGAGAACUAUGUUUGUGAAUUUUAUGUAGACUGGCAAGCAUUCGAAAUGUAUUUAAUUUUGUAAUGUUUAUCAAUGAUUUAUUUACGAGCUAUUUACUCAAAUAAAUGGA